GCUCAUCCAUAAACUUGGUGCAACACUUUGCUCACAGUAGUAUUGAAGGCAUGUGGGCCACCCCCCCUCCCUCAAUACCGCUGCAGAGUCCUACUAGCAAUCUCCCAAACCAAAUCCGUGGUGGAAAUGUGGCCCCAUCCCAUCCCGUCUCGAGCUGUGUUUUUCUUUGCGUCUAAGGGUGCAGGCUCCUCACGUGGCACCGGAAUAGAGCGUUCUUUGUCAGGAUGUUAUUUAUUAAGGUGAGACAUUUUCCAUCAGGAUGUCGUGAACAUGUUAUUUGUUGCUUGUUUGGUUUCAGCCUGGGGCAAAGAGGGCUGGCCCUGAGCCCUGCUUGUUGGGUUUCCGAUCGGCUCAGUCCCGGAUUAGUAUACUGACGGAUACGCUGCUGAGCCCUUUUUUUUUUUUGCCAAAUCAGUGCCCGGUGCUCCACUGAUGUAACCCUGCAACACGCGGCACCAGACACCUGGCAGAGAGAUGGAGGCGUGUACUGGAAAUGGAGUCGCUUCAAAGCCUGUUUUGACUUGUGCCGAACACACGUUGUGUGUUUAUAGCUGCGCCGUGUAUUUAUAACCGCAGUACAAGGGACUCCCGAGGCCCAAGUCCUGCGGGGGAAUGUUUCCGCUGCUCCCGGGAGGGCGAGCCGAGCGGUCGCACACCGCGCGUGGAUGGAGAGGGGAGCGCUACGUUAACCUCACUCUCACUGCACCGCUUAAGCUUAAAAAACCCUCCGGGGGGUGUAAGAGGCUGCGUGCCCGAGAGCUCACCUGGUCUCCCGUCAGCAGGUCCCUGGAUGCCCCGCGGCGCUCCGUCCACGGCCGCGCAGGCCUGCCCAAUGGCCGGAAGUUGACCCCGCCCACCAGGAUGACGCUGCGCCAGCAGCUGAGGGACAAGAUCUCGGCGGCUUUCUACCGCCACGGGCUGCUGUGUGCCUCCUACCCAGUACCCAUCAUCCUCUUCACCUCCGCCAGCAUCCUCACCUGCUGCUAUCCAUUAUUGAGGCUGCCCCUCCCGGGGACGGGUCCUGUGGAGUACACCACAGGGGUGCGAGACUACAGCGUCCCUUCCCAUGAGCCUCAGGGAGACCUCGGAGAACGGCCCGACUGGUACCGGGGUCCUCCGGUCGCCUACAUCCAGCAGGUAGUGGUGAAAGCGGCGGUGUCUCCGUGGGACAGCAGCCUGGUGCCGGUGGACGUGUUUCGGUCGCCGCUGGGUCGAGCCUUCAGCUUGCUGGAGGAGAUCCGCAACCACGUCCACUCUGACGGCUCCGGGGUUCGCAGUCUGGAGACGCUGUGUCUCCAGGUGACGGACCUGUUUCCAGGGUUACGGCGGAUGCAGUCGGUGCUGCCCGAGCACGGCUGCCUGCUCGUCUCCCCCGGCAACUACUGGCAGAACCAGAGGGAGCUGUUCGACCUGGACCCCGACCUCCUGAAGACCAUCCAGAAGCACGAGCCCAAAGGCCUGCACACCUCGGCCACGCUGCGAGACUUGCUGUUUGGUGUCCCUGGGAAGUACACGGGGGUCAGUCACUACAACAGGAAGAGGGUGGUGACCUACACCAUCACCGUAGUGCUGUCCACCUACGACGCAAGUUUCCUGGGCGGCCUGCGGGCCCGUCUGAAGCAGCUCCACCCGUCAGCCAACUGCAGCCUGAGGGACGACCACAUGGUCCACGUCCACUUUAAAGAGGAGAUUGGCAUCGCCGAGCUCGUCCCCCUCGUCACCACCUACUUCAUCCUGUUCGCCUACAUCUACUUCUCCACACGUAAGAUCGACAUGGUGAAGUCAAAGUGGGGUCUGGCUCUGGCCGCUGUGGUCACAGUCCUCAGCUCCUUGCUAAUGUCGGUGGGACUGUGCACGCUCUUCGGACUCACGCCCACGCUCAACGGAGGGGAGAUUUUUCCUUACCUGGUUGUGGUGAUCGGUCUGGAGAACGUCUUGGUCCUCACCAAGUCUGUGGUGUCGACCCCCGUCGACCUCGAGGUCAAACUCCGCAUCGCUCAGGGUCUUAGUAAUGAGAGCUGGUCUAUCAUGAAGAACAUGGCCACUGAACUCUGCAUCAUCCUCAUUGGAUAUUUCACGCUGGUCCCAGCUAUCCAGGAGUUCUGUCUGUUUGCUGUAGUCGGGCUGGUGUCUGACUUCUUCCUGCAGAUGUUCUUCUUCACAACAGUGCUGUCUAUAGACAUUCGGCGCAUGGAGUUGGCCGACUUGAACCGCCGCCUGCCGGCCGAAGCAGGUCUGCCGCCGACAAAGCCCGGCCCGCUGCGCCCGCGAGAGGUCCCCCCUCCCCCCCGGCCCUCCCCCCACACAAUCACCCUGCAGACCCCGGCCUUCAGGAACCUCCGGCUACCCAAGAGGCUGCGCGUGGUGUACUUCCUGGCUCGCACGCAGGUGGCCCAGCGCAUCAUCAUGGUCGGCACGGUGAUCUGGAUUGGGAUCCUGGUCUACACCGACCCAGCGGGAAUACGCGCCUACCUGGCCGCACAAGUGUCCGAGCAAAGCCCCCUGGGAGAUCCCGGGGGGGGCGGCUUGCCCCCUCACCUCGGAGUAGCGCCCGUCUUCCGUGGAGGCGAUCCCACCAGUACCCUCACCAUCAAACCACCGGAUCCAACUCCCUCACCGGAGAACCAGUCCCAGGGCCACCACCGCGCCUCCGCCAGGACGGGGCCCCUCGCCCAGGCUCCGCCCCCCGCCGUGCCCCAGAUCACGUGGGGGGCGGAGGACGAGGAGGGCUGGAGGAGGCUCUCCUUCCGGCAUUGGCCGUCGCUCUUCAGCUACUACAACAUCACUUUAGCCAAGAGGUACAUCAGCAUCCUGCCCGUCAUUCCCGUCACUGUUCACCUGAGCCCUCAAGAGGCCAUUGAGACGCGUCACCCUCAGGACACCAGACACCCCCCUCCAUCCAUUCCCAAAGUGUCUGCCGAUCUACAGACGGACCUCACCCUCUACAAGGUGGCGGCUCUGGGCCUGGCGGCGGGCGUCCUGUUGGUUCUGCUGCUCUUCUGCCUCUACCGCGUUCUUUGCCCACGGAACUAUGGCCAGAACGGCGUCAUUCACGGCCGCCGGCGCCGCGGUGACCUGCCCUGCGACGAUUACGGCUACUCGCCGCCCGUCAGCGAGAUCUCUCCGCUGCUGCUGAGGGGCCACAGCAUGGACAUCGAGUGUUUGGCCAGUGACGGGAUGCUGCUGGCCAGCUGUUGCCUGGCCGGACAGAUCCGGGUUUGGGACACUCAGACCGGCGACUGUUUGACUGUCAUCCCGAAUGAAGGGCUCCGACGGAGCAGCAGCGGUGGCUGCUGGGAGCCGCGUGAGGGCUGGGAUGGUGUGGGCGGAGCCUUGGAGCCGGAGUGCUUCGGCCCCUCCCUUGGCUGCGACGGACCGUCGGAGGAAGAGGUCUACCCGCUGAGGCGCCGCGCCGCCCCCGCCUGGCCGACUCUGUUUGGCGACCAGCCCGAUCUCACCCCGCUCAUCGACACCAACUUCGCCUCCCAGCCCCCCUCCCACCUCUGCACCCCGCCCAGGCACGGCUUCGACUUCGGAGGUCUGGUGGAGCGCGCCUACAUGGAGCACGAGCGCCCUUCGCCGUCCGCCUACCCCUCUCCUUCCUCCGCAUCCUCUUCGCCGCCCACGGGGGCGUCGCUCCAGAGGAGACCCAGCACAGGGGACGUAGCCGUCUUCUCGACCCAAGAAAGAGCCUCGGCGGCGGGGACGCAGGCAGGCGCAGAUGGGGAAAGCUCCGUCUGGGCCAUGGAGCUCAGAGGGAAUCUGAUAGCUGCUGGGAGGAGCAGCGGUAAACUGGAGUUGUGGGACGCGGUCGAAGGGUCGUUACGUUGCAUUAAUGAAGACGGCGGUUCUGGGAUCACAGCUCUCGCCUUCCUCAACAACAGAAUCGUGGCAGCUCGCCUGAACGGGUCUCUGGAUUUCUUCACUGUUGAAAUAAACAAACCUCCGGGUCUUCUGCAGUACAGAGGUGCCCCCGGGCGAGGAAGCAUGCCCCCCUCCCCCUGUUACAGCAGCGAAGAUGUGAUCAGCUGCCAGCUGACCCGCUCGGUCCAGUGCGCUCACCAGAAGCCCAUCACAGUGCUGCGGGCGGCCGCCGGGCGGGUCGUCACCGGCAGCCAGGACCACACCGUCCGGGUUUAUCGCCUGGAGGACUCGUGUUGCCUCUUCACGCUGCAGGGUCACUCUGGAGGGAUCACAGCCAUCUACAUAGACCAGACGAUGGUUCUGGCGAGUGGCGGUCAAGACGGCGCCAUCUGCUUGUGGGACGUCCUGACGGGGAGUCGCGUCAGCCAUGUUUACGGUCACCGUGGCGACGUGACGUCGCUCGUCUGCACCACGUCUUGCGUCAUCAGCUCCGGCCUCGAUGACCUCAUCUGUAUCUGGGACCGCAGCACUGGGAUCAAGCUCUAUUCCAUACAGCAGGAGGCGGGUUGCGGAGCCAGUCUGGGAGUGAUCUCAGAGUCUCUCCUGGUGACGGGGGGGCAGGGCUGCGUCUCCUUCUGGGACCUGAACUUCGGCGACCUGCUGCAGACGGUCUACCUGGGCCAGAGCAGCGACGGCCAGGGCGUCCGGCAGCUGCUCGUCCUCGACAACGCCGCCAUCAUCUGUGACUUUGGCAGCGAGCUCAGCCUGGUGUACGUUCCCUCGGUGCUGGAAAAACUAGACUGAGGGGCGAUGGACGGACGGACAGCGGUUGUUGUCACUUUGACUUUCUGUUGUCUCAGUCACCCACAGACCAGACCAGAGCGGUUUCCUCGUGCAUAUGAAACUUGAGAGAAAAGGAGCUGAGGACUGAUUGUACAACGUGCUGCGUUUUAUCGGAGGACGUGACGGUGACAAACCUUUGAAACCUAAACGUUGACAUUUACGAGGGUCGUGAGGUUCAAGUAAAGCUGGAUGUUUCUUACUGAGAGAGGAUCCACCGUUAGCUUACUUUUAUUUUUUUUUAAAUGUGUGUGUUUGUCUUGUGGCUCUGCCCUCUAUGCUGCUUAUACGGGUGGGGCUUCCCUGUGACCCCCACCUGCCCAGAGAGGAAGAUAUUUCUUUUUCUUUUUUUGUGAAUAUUCCUGCUGCCUCUUUCGCUAGAAAAGUGAAGUGCAGCUACAGUGAGCUCUACUGGUCUACGACCUGUCGGAAUAAGCUGCGCCGUAAUUGUUUGUUCGUUUGUUUGUGUGUGUGUGUGUGUUGGGAGAUGAUUGAAUCUACGCCCUUUUUAAGGCAUAACACAAACGGAUUGGUUACGUGUGUGUAUGAGUGAUGAUUACUGUAUAAAGUAAAACCUCCAUAGGGGGCUGUUUUUAUAUGUAUAAAUCUAUUAUUUAUUAGCGACAUUUUUUAAUAACGGUUGUUUUAUGAAUGGCUAAUCCCGGCUUUUAAACAAGACUAAAACAAUGAAAGGUGGUGAUUGUCUGUUGGACGGGGGGGUUAUGACACAGUUAUUUGUGAUAUUGAACUGGAAACACUGAAGUGUUUGAUGUUGUUGUUGGGGUUUUGGAGGCUGUAGCAGAAGAAGUUCCUCCGUUUAUUCCCCCCUCCCCCCCCCCCCCCCCCCCCCCCACUCGCCGACCUCUGAUUCAGGGGUCACUGAUGCUGUACAAGGGGCCCCUGCGUGCUACGCCUCCAUCAGGCUACCUGCAUUUUCUAAACUGCUUGAAUUUUGGAUGAGAAUACUUUUUUUUGUUUUUUUGUUCUGCACGCGCCGUCAUUAGCUGACGUCAUGUUUACAUUGGCUGUCGUAUUUUUUAAAUAAUUUUUUCCCUUUUUAGAGAUUUUUAUUUUGACUUGCCGCUUAAGGUCGCUGGUUCAACCAGUCGUGGAUUUUCAUGUCGGCAUCGAAUGACAAAGCCGCCGCCCAGUGCGCUGGUGUGUCGUUUAUCUUUCAACCUGUGCCGCUCUUCCUGCAGCCACUCAGUGAAACAGGAGACGGUGAGUAUGCUAAUAACAAUAUAUGUGUGUCUGAGCUUUUUCUAGUUAAAAAGCCAACCUCCUUUGUAACCCCAGUCGGUACUUUUAACUUUUAUCUCUGAAGGGCUGCUGAAAGAAUGUAAUACAUCAGGUUUUGGACUCUUUUCCCCCCCAACACAAUCAUACAGGACGUGUUUCCUCACCAUUAUCCAUAAUCUGCAUCUGCGCUGACCGAAUGUAGUGAAGAACAAAUCCAUAAAAAAACAAUGACUACAUAUUCUUUACACUAUUUGAAUGCACUACUAACCCGAGUAAAUCAGCCAGCCGCUAACAUAGCAACCUGAGAGCGCACUAAUUCAUAUUGUCUAGUCUUAAUCUUUACAAAAAUAGUGAAUUAUCAUUUUUACAUCAUUCGAUGGGUAUGAGAGGUAUUGAUUCUCAUCUAAAGCAAAUUCAAAUAUCUCCCACCAUGUUGAACGGUUCUUUUUAUUGGGAGCAGUGAAGGCUGUUUACGCAAUUUCAUUUGAAUCUUUAUAGCUGUUUUGAAUGUUUUGGUUCAUCACAUUCAGCGACUCUGCCUUUGUCAGUUUGUGAAUCUGCUCAAUUUGUUUUCAGUAAACGCUGUUUGUUUCUGCUGCUUCAUACUGUUUUCUCCAUCCGGUUGCUUUCAUUCAUCCAUAUCAAAAGUCUGUGGAUGCAGCCGUGAUCUUCUUUCGGCCUUUGAGGAAAAAGAAAAAGGAACAUUUCCUGCGUCGGGAUUCUGACAACAGCAGCAGAUAUUGAACUUUUAUUUACAAGUAGAAAUCCGAUUCUGUAUCAUCAAAUUCUCUGUUCUGGAAUAUCCGAGCUGAUGUCUUUGAACCCCCCGGUCUGCUCCUUGAUCCUCGUCCCCUCAUCGACUGGCAUCGCACUACGCAGGCUGUAGUAGUGGAGGUAACUUAUUUACUAGUUUGUAACAUACAAAUUAAAAAAAAAAGCAAGACUUUGUACUAAUUUUUCAAUAAAGAGGCUUUGAUACCACAACA